AUGUGCAAACGAUACCACACCAGAGGGGCAACAGGAGGCACAGAUGUGGACGGCAAAGAUUUAAAUGAAGAAAGUGCACUCCAAGACUUGGAACCUGAUCAUUCCAACGCAGCAUCCAAGGCAGAGAAUAGGGACCCAGAAGGAGAAGCUGCUGCUGCAGCAGCUGCGGCUGUGGCUGCAGGAGCAGCGGAAUGGGUGAUGGAGAGAGACGUGGUGGUGGAGAUGGAGGCAGUGCAGCCACAUGUGAAGGAGAUGGCCAGUAAGCACCACCCCAACCUGGUGCGGCUGUUGGGCUUCUGUGUGCACUAUGAUUCCAGCACGGGCCAGAUUGAGCAAGUGCUCGUGUAUGAGUUCAUGGCCAACCGGGACUUGGAGAGCUGGAUUGGACCAGGAGCUCCAAGUCAUCUCUCUCUGUUGCAACGACUGGAUGUUCUGAUUGGAGUGGCCAAGGGGUUGCAAUAUCUUCAUGACUUCGGCAUUGUGCAUCGCGACAUCAAGCCAGCCAACAUUCUGCUUGAUGCAAAAAUGCAUGCCAAGAUUGCAGACUUUGGUUUGGUAAAGCUCACUGGAGGCACCGCUAUGGGCACGUCUGUGGCUGCCACUCGAGUAAUGGGGACUCCGGGCUAUGUGGACCCUGCCUAUUACAAGUCCCACAAGGCCACUUCAGCAGCAGAUGUGUACAGCUUUGGUGUGGUGAUGCUGGUGGUCAUCUCGGCACGCAAGGCCGUGCAUAUGAGCGAGACCAGCCAGAUCAGUCUGAAGCAAUGGAUGACUUGGUGCUGCGCUGGGCUCGCCUUGCCCUCCUCCUGCACCACCAUGCCUGCGGCCUCCCGCCCCUCCAUGAAUCAAGUGCUGGGGGAGCUGGUGAAGUUGAAGCAGGAAGCUUCUGGAGCACAUGAGAGCCAUGUGGGCGAGGCCAAAUCUCGCUUGGACACGGAGCUUGGGAGUUCCAUUGGCUCCUCCAGCUUCACUGCUGAAAUGGCCCGUGCGGAGCGAGGGGACAUGCCAAGUGGCUUUUCCACAUAA